AUGAGGUCCCUAGAAAAUAUUGAUUGGACAUCAAACAAUAUAGAAGGUGGAAUACCAAAAAAAUCCAUGGGGAAUCUUUGCAAUUUGAAGUCACUGAAUCUUUCUUACAACUCUUUAAAUGGUACAAUAAUUGAUCUCUUGGAGAGUUUGGUUGGUUGUGCUAGAAAAUCCUUAGAGAUUUUGAAUUUGCAAGACAACAAACUUGGAGAUUCGUUGUUUGAUCUUUCCAGAUUUUCAUCCUUGAAAGAGUUAUAUUUAGCUAAUAAUGAAUUGAAUGGUAGCAUAAUGGAAAAUAUUGGUCAGCUCUCUAAUCUUGAGAUUUUGGAUGUUUCAUCAAAUUAUAUUACUGGAAUGGUCUCCAAACUGAAUGGUACCAUGCCUGAUCUACUACAAUUUUCAUCACUAAAAGAGUUAUAUUUAGCUAAUAAUAAACUGAAUGGCAGCUUAAUGGAAAGUAUUGGCCCGCUCUCUAAUCUUGAGGUCUUAGAUGUUUCUUCAAAUUAUAUUACUGGGGUGGUCUCCAAAACUCAGUUACAGAAACUAUCCAAAUUGAAGAAGCUUGAUUUAUCAUUAAACUCUUUGAUAAUCGAUAUUGAGUCCAAGUGGGUUCCACCUUUUCAACUGUUUGUAUUGAAAUUGGGAUCUUGUAGGUUGGGUCCAUCAUUUCCUAGUUGGCUUCAAACGCAAUCGAAAUUGUUUAGACUUGAUAUCUCCAAUUCUGGAAUUUCAGAUUAUAUCCCUGACUGGUUCUAUAAUCUAACUCCCAAAUUAAGAUAUUUAAACCUGUCUUUCAAUUCUAUCAAAGGUACCUUACCAAAUUUUCCCUUGAGAUUCGAUAAUUACCCAAUUAUUGAUUUGAGCUGCAACCAGUUUCAUGGUUCCAUUCCAAUUUCUCUUGCUAAUGCAACUGCAUUAAAUCUCUCCAACAACACAUUCACCAUCUUCCAGCCUUUCUUAUGUACAGACCUAUCUGAUAGGCCAACAACUUUUCUUGACCUUUCUAACAAUAUGUUAUCUGAAAGCCUUCCUGAUUGUUGGAUGCAUUGGAGUGAAUUGAUAGUUCUUAAUUUGGAAAACAAUAAAUUGUCAGGAAAUAUUCCAUCCUCAAUGGGUUCACUAUAUCAUAUUUCAACAUUGCGUUUGAGCAACAACAACAUCUCAGGAAUUUUGCCUUCCUCGUUGAAGAAAUGCAGUUUGCUACGACUUUUAGAUGUUGGACAAAACAAUUUGUAUGGAGAAAUACCAACAUGGAUUGGAGAUUAUCUAACUGAUUUGGUUGUCCUACAUUUAAAGUCAAAUAGAUUCUACGGGAGCUUACCUUUAAAUUUAUGUCAGCUUAGUGAUAUUCAAAUACUGGACCUUUCCCUAAAUGAUUUAUCUGGAUUCAUUCCACGGUGCUUCCAUAACUUCACCCGAAUGGUUCAUAAAGUAAAUGAUUAUGUUAGCAGUUCUUUAUCUACAGGCAUUGAUUCUUUAUAUAUCAUUGAUCCAUCGAGAGGUUAUGGACGAAUCUUUGUAAAUUAUGAAUACAUAACAUGGAAAGGGAAAAACUACAAGUACGACAGGAAUCUCUGGCUACUCAGAAUCAUUGAUCUUUCAAGUAAUAAACUGACCGGAGAGAUUCCUAUAAAUCUGACAAAUCUUGUAGUGUUAGUCCAGUUAAACCUCUCAAGGAACAACUUGAGUGGAACCAUCCCUGAAAGCAUAGGGAAGAUGGAGCCGCUGGAAUCUCUAGAUCUAUCUCACAACCAGCUUUCUGGUAAAAUUCCAAUGGGAUUAGCUGAUCUGUCUUUUUUAGGUUUCUUGGACUUGUCGAAUAACCAGUUGUGGGGAAGAAUACCUACAGGCACUCAGUUGCAAACCUUUGAAGCUUCUGUAUAUUCGGAGAACAGAGGACUUUGUGGACCUCCUCUGAUUGCUACAUGUUGUGGAGAUGGAAAAUUACAAGAAACUUCUACCCCAUGUGAAACCACAGUUGGAAAAUUGCAAGAAGAUAAUGCAGAAUGGGUUGACAUGUCAUGGUUUUAUAUGGGAAUUGGAGUUGGAUUUGGUAUUGGGUUUCUGGGAGUAUGUGGGUUGGCUUUGUUCUUCAACACAUCCUGGAGACGUCUCUAUUUUAAACAGCUGUUGAAUCGUUGGAGGACCAGCAACUAUGGAGCUAAUUGAGAAGGCCACUUUGAACUUGUUUAAAGAAUCAACAAUUAAAUUAUCGUCCAGCGAGGGACACGUGUAUCUGAUAUGCAUAUGUUGUCUGAUGAUGAAAUCAUUACUUUUUGGGGAAAAAAAAAAAAAUUAAGUGUGUG